AUGUUUCCUUUGGCCAGAAGUGUGCUAAGUCGUCUGCAAUUUCAAAGCAUUCAGCAAGCAAUGGCAAGGCAGAGCCACCAGAAACGUGCACCUGAUUUUCAUGACAAAUGUAAUAAUGUAUGGGCUGGUGGAGCCACGUUCUGUAUUGUUGCAUGGACAUAUACAGCAACACAGAUUGGAAUGGAAUGGAACCUGUCCCCUGUUGGCAGAGUCACCCCAAAGGAGUGCAGAGAUCAGUAAUCAUCCCAGCUGGUGUAAUAAUGAAUUGAUUCAAACCAACUCAUAAAUGAUGCCAAGAAAAAGCACUGUAACAGUUAA